AUGAGUGAGAAUUCUGAGGAAAGUGUAUCUCCAGCACCCGAAAGCUUGGAUGAUGCAUCUCCUGAUAAGCAGAUUACACCUUCUACUGUAAAAGAAGAGGUCGAUAGUACGGAAAGCCUGCCUGAAACUACUCAGAUGGAAAAUAAGGUUUCAUCUCCGAUAAACGAGAAGCAGCCUGAGCCUUCAGAUAAAACUUUGGUGUCGGAUGAAUCUUUGGAGCCGGAUGAAUCUGCAGAUGAGUCUCGUAUGUCAAAUUCUUCAGAUGAGUCGGCAGAAAACUCAUCAGUGUCAGAUGAAUCUUCGGAAAAGUCAUCUGCCUCGAGUGAAUCAUCAUCUUCAGAAAAGUCGCCAGUUGGUUCAGAUGGCUCGAAGGAGUCUUCAGAUGAGAUGGAAGUUACAGAGAAAGACAUUGCAGAGAACGAGACUCGGGAGAGUAAUAGUACAGGAAUUAAUACUGCUGAAAAGAAGAGUACAGAGAGUAAGAGUGCAGAAAGUGAAAGUGCAGAAAGUAAGAGUGAAGAAAGUAAGAGUGCAGAAACUUCAACUGCUGAGAAAGAAGUGAAAAGUGAAGAAAGUAGCCCUGUGGCCGAGCAGCUGGAUAAUGCAACAAACAAAUUGGCGGAAAAAGAAGCAGAACAGCAAGAAAGUGCAGCAGAAGAAACAAAAAGUGUUGAUGUGGCACAGUUCAACGAUGUGAUGAAGAUGUUCUUGACAGGCCCACUUCUGCAAGAUGAGACAUUCAACAGCUUGCAGCCCGAGCAGCAGGAGUAUGUUGUUCUUAGGGCAUACGAGGAGAGCACGGGCAUCAAGCCACAUAUCAGCCUCAAUUUCGGGGCGACGACAUCGUACAACAAAUCGAGACUCAGGAAUUCGGACAGGUACCAGCCACCAGUGCCGAUAAAUCCCUUCUGUCUGCGGCCGGACAUCCGGAAGCCAAUGAGCCCGGGGGAGAAAAAGGCAUACUACGAGUACCUUGAGCAGGAGGACAAGACGAACGGCGGGAAAUUCGACGGGUACCCGAUCGGGUCACGUCUUUUCAUUGGUAAUCUAGCAGUCAACACUCUGAAGAAGGAGGAAGUUUUCCGUGUUUUCCACCCGUACGGCCGAAUUGUCCAGGUGAACCUCAAGCAGGGCUUUGGCUUUAUCCAGUAUACGAAUGCGGAAUCGUGCUCGCGUGCGAUCCGUGGAGAGAGUAACGUUCCACUCCAUAAUAAAUUCAUGCACUUGGAGGUGUCGAAGCACCAGAUACAGAAGGCAAUCGAGCGGCAGAACGUGUCGCGGCCUUCUUUGAGAGAUGAGCGUGAGCGGACACGUGAGCGGUCUCCUGUGAGAGACUCAGGUAGAGAUUAUGCAUCAGGAAGAGACUCAGAAAGAGACUCGGGAAGAGAUUAUGCUUCCGGAAGAGACUCUGGAAGAGACACCUCUAACAGAAAUACCUCUAACAGACGUCCUGGUUCGCCAGAGGUGAAGAUUCUGCUCACUAACUCGUCCUCCUCCGGAUUCAACGACCGACUUGUCGAAAGACUGAAAAGUGACGGGCUGGAGGUGGAAGUUGAAACCGUAGAAAGCAAGGUGGAGGAUAUUCCGCAAGAGCAGGUGCUGGACUCGGCAUACAGCGGGGUGUACGCAGUAAUCAGCACCUGUGGGUCAGGAGUGGUCAACAUCAUGGUUUUUGAAAAAGACGAUGAUGGAGGAAUCAAGUUUGACGAGUACACGGGGGUGACGAUCGACGCAGCGAUGGAGUUAGUGCUUGCUGCGAAGGCGAAAGAGUUCGCCCGGUCCUCAGGCAGUGUUGAGAGGGGCCCCGGUUGGCUCCCUGCAUCGUUGCCGAAGGUCCGGCCGCCAAGGGCCCGGUCGCCGUACCGACGCCCGGUGGAGCUACCGGGGGGCCAGCCACGGCGGCGGCGUGGUGGCCGUGAAAGGGAGGCCCGGUACAGGGGGAGCCGCGAGGGUACUGCCCGGUACCCGGAGGAGUAUCACCAGGCGGGACGGGGGGAGGUGCCAUAUUCCUCGAAUUACUACCCGGACCAGAGAAGGAGGGUUCCAAGCGGUGGGUACUACGGGAUGGGUGAGAUGGGCGAGAUUGCACCGCCACAUCGAAUUUCGCGGAUGGCACAGCCACAUCGGAUAACACAGAAUGCACAGCCUCAGCAACCCCUCCCCCAUCCCCAAAGCCAGGGCCAACCUCAGGGCCAGUUUUACAACGGCUACCCCCAGCAGGCCGCCUAUCCAAAUGCAGCCGGGGGCAAUUCGUCCGUCGCGUCUGCCCUCCAAUCUCUGCAAGGCAUGAAUCCAGCCUCAAUGCAGACGAUGCUGAAUCUCAUGCAGCAGAUGCAGCAGAACAAUAGCACGCAGCAGCAGAUUCUCCAGAUGUUGCAACAGUUCCAGAAUACACCAAAUGCAGGAAGUAACCAAUACAUGCAGCCUCAAAUGCAGCCACAACAACAACAACAACAACCACAACAACCAAAAUUUCAACCUCAACAUGUAGCCUUCAACUCACCACAAUAUGCACAGCCACACAGCCAGGCCCCACAGCAUCCUCAAAAUACAGCUGAAAGCGGCAAUAUGCUUGCAAACUUAUUGGGCCAGCUUCAGUAUUCGGCCCCGGGCUCUGCAUCUGACCCCCACAAUGCACAAAAUAAUGCUUCUUUCAGUAACAACGAUCACGCUUCUGUCUCAAAGGACUCCAAGUCCAAGGAUCAAGAUCAGACCGGCGAUCUAUUUGAAACGCUAGCUAGACUCAAGAACAACAUGUGA